AACAACAGGCAGCAAUCGAGAGAGAGCAAUGCGAGUUGUUGUCAGUAAUGAACGAGCUGCGUUACAAAAUGAAAGCAACAUUGGCACGGUAAACAAUUUUAAUUGUCGCACUCCGAAAAAACAUCAAAAUACUUUUAAUUGUGAUACAACUGAUAAGAAAACAUCGACUUCGGUGCCAGCAGAUGCGAUUAUUGUGCAAACAGAGUCGUGGAAAACAGCAAAAACGUACACGGAAGCCAUCAAAUAUCGGAGAAAUUCAACAUUGUUAGAUAAAACCAAGUCGCCAUCGCGUGAAAGCAUCGUAAUCCGUCCUCCUGUGAAUUCAUCGAGCUCUGAGUCAAAUUUUACGGAUCCCGCAACAUUACUGAGUCCCGAUCCGGAUAGUUUUAUAACGGAAAUCAACGAAUGUUAUUACUCGGAUUCGAGUGAAGCGGAAAAUUUGUUUGAAAAAUUGAGUAUUACACGAAAUGAGAGUAUCAACAUUGCAUCAGAGUGUGUUGGGUUUCAGGAUAAAACAUUAAAUUUGAGCGUUGAAACACUUCAUCAGAUAAAUAUUCGGGAUACUUCGCCGUUGACGGUUGAAAAACUCGAUCCAAUUAGUAUUUCGAGUGAUGAUCCGAGUUCUGAUGAGGAAACAAUGAAAAGCAAUAAAAUUACGCCCGUUUCGUUGUCGGCAAAUCGAACGCCUACAUCGAGAGCAGGAACAACACCAAGAUUCAAUUCAACAACUUCGGGAUCUUUGUUCAAUGUUGCUCGUGUCAAAAAGGUAGAAUUGUCGGAUUUGAACAAAAAUGGCACAGAACGACUUUCGAAGAGCGCCACAAAUAGCGGGAAUGUUUUACGAAAAGUUGCUUCGAUCACAGCGACAGCAAAUACAGAAGGAAAGCGAAAAACGAAUGAAGAAGUUACAAAGCCCGCAGUACCUGAAAAACUAAAUUUUGCUGCGUUUGAAAAGUUUGAAGGUCAAAUGCUCAUUAAUUGGUUUCAAUCGACAUUAGGGGAUGGAGCUCCGAAUCGUUUAGUGCUGCAAUGUUGUACAAAUUUGCUCGUGGCUGGCGUUAUAAAACAAAUUCCGGGCGAACAACAAGUUUCAGAGCUGUUUAAGCCAAAUUUGAUGUAUCAAUGGACUCAUACGGAACAAAUAACGCCAAAAACUGAUUCGCCUAUCUUGCCGGGAAAAUUGAAUUCGUCAGAUGUAUGGUCUCAAGUCGUUGCAAGUCCCCCAACAACGUUGAAAAUCAUGCCUGCCAUCAACUUUAGUUCAACGCCGAAAAUCGAAAAGUUCGAAGACGUGAAAACGCAAAUAAAUGAAUGCAAAACAAUGGAUGAGCUGAGCAAUACGGUGCAAAGACUUCUGUUGCACGAUAGUGCUAAUAGCUCGAUGAUAAUCAAAGACGAAAGUCAAAAUAAUUUGAGUAGUGCUUUAAAUAUAAAUAACAACUCAGUGAUUUGUGAUAUGAGUCAGUUGUAUGUAACAACAAGUGCCUCGAUGUAUCAAAGUGCGCUCGAUAGCACGACAUUAGAUGCAAAAAGUGAAAAUUUAUCAAAGAAAGUACAAAAUUCCGCAACGCAAACGGAAAAAUCGGAAAUCGCCCAUAAAGAAGUGCAAACAUCUUCGACGUCAGAAGAGGAAAAAUCAACAAAAACUGUUCCAAUUCCCCCAAUUCCGCCGCCUUUACCUCCAAUAAUGAACUCGUCAAUUCCUAAACCUCCCCCCAUGGCUCCCGCAAUGAACGCUGCGAUAAAACCUCCGCCGCCAUUGCCUCCUGUAGGAGUUCCAAGUGCUCCCAUGCCUCCGCCUAUCAUCAAUAACGCGAAUGGAAUGCCUGUUCCUCCUCCCCCGCCGCCCGCAGGUAAACAAUUGGGCAUCAAUAUUCCGCCAUUGCCGUUACCAAAACAGACAGAUUGGCAAACAACGAUCACUCUCAGAAAAUCUCCGAAGAAUCCUCCGAAGCCCAUGAAACCUCUUUUUUGGACAAGAAUCGUAACAAAAGCUGCAACUCCAACGCCAACUGUCGAAAGUCCCGUUGAUACGGUCGAUUCGCCCGUCGAAAUGGAAAAAACUCCCGAACUUUGGCAAGAAAUCGAUGAAACGUCGCUCGACAAUCUCGAUGAAUUCACGGAACUUUUUUCGCGUCAAGUCGUAAUUCCAAAGCAAAAAUCCCGCGAUGACAAAGAACGUCCCUCAAAAGUUGAAACUCUCAAAGUUUUGGAUAGCAAACGAUCGCAAUCCGUUGGCAUUUUCGCACGCAGCUUACACGUUGGAUUCGAGGAAAUUGAACAUGCAAUUUAUCAUUGUGAUACAUCCGUUGUUUCGUUGGAAACUUUGCAACAUAUCAUGGCGAUUAAAGCAACACCCGAUGAACUUGCGCAAAUUAAGGAAGUAUCAAAUGGCGACGUUCCCUUAGAUACGCCGGAAAAGUUCCUCUAUCAGAUAUCGAAAAUCAGCUGUUUCAGUGAACGCAUUUCGUGCAUCGUUCUGCAGGCAGAAUUUGACGAAGCAGUUUCUACGGUAUCGAGAAAACUUGAGACAGUUAUUCGUGUGUGCACGUUCAUGAUGGAAAGCGAAAACUUGAAGAUCAUAUUUUCGAUAAUUCUCACGUUGGGCAACUACAUGAAUGGAGGAAAUCGAACGAGAGGACAAGCAGAUGGCUUUGGGCUCGAAAUUCUCGGCAAACUGAAGGAUGUCAAGUCAAAAGACUCGAAAAUCACAUUGUUACAUUUUAUCGUGAAAACUUUCAUCCAACAAGCAAGAAAAAAUGGAACGUUAAUAACGGAACUCGUUUUGCCGAUUCCCGAUCCCACCGAUAUCGACAAGUCGAUUAAUGUUGAUUUUGAGGAUUGUAAGCAGCAGUUGAACAUUUUGCAGACAAAAUUGAAUUCUUGUCGCAAGACAAUUGAUGUCGUUGUAAAUGCAUCUGGAAAUAGCGCAAGCCCUUUUAAGGAGAAAAUGGAUGCCUUUUUGGAAGAAGCCACAACGCGCCUUGAAAAUAAAGUCGAAAAACUCGACAAAAGCAAGAAAAUUUUCGUGCAAGCACUCGCUUUUUACAAAUUCAAUCCAAAGUCAGGUACAUUGGAUGAAUGCACGCCUAGUCAAUUCUUCGAGUUAUGGACACCUUUCACACACGAUUUUCGUGAUAUUUGGAUCAAGGAAAUCGAUACACUAACAAACGAAAUACUUAAAAAAACAAAAAGACCGAAGGAAGCUGUCAAAUUUGUCAAGAAAGAUGCUUCAUCGUCACAAUCCUCGGGAAAAGCGCCAAGCAAACUCAAACAGCGCAUGAUGCAGCUACGGAACAAAGAUAAUAAUUAAUAACUAAGUAGAAAUCUCACAAAUUUUUAUAUAAAUUUCAACACACAACCACUAAAAACACACAAAGAAAGAAAGAAAAGCAAUAAAA